AUGAGCACCACAUCGACUCUCUCCGAAGCCGCAGCCGCUGCCCGUAAUGCCGCUAAGGACGCACCACAGGCAAUGAAGGCCGCCGCAGAGAACCCUAGAAAGGCCACCCAAGACUUCCUUCACACACCUCUGAUCCGUGCCGCCUUGCCCUUCGUCAACGGCGGUCUCGCCGGUAUGGUGGCCACAUCAGUCAUCCAACCUGUCGACAUGAUCAAGGUCCGUCUGCAACUCGCUGGUGAAGGUAUCAAGACUGGACCCAAGCCUUCACCACUCUCAGUCACUCGCGAUAUCCUUGCCAGUGGCAGAGUCCGCGAUCUAUACACUGGCCUCAGUGCAGGUCUUCUCAGACAGGCCGUCUACACCACCGCUCGUCUCGGCUUCUUCGACACAUUCAUGGGCACCUUGACCAAGAGAGCCAAGGACCAAGGCAAGCAGAUCGGCUUUUCCGAGCGUGCACUGGCUGGUCUUUCCGCAGGCGGAUUGGCAGCCAUGGUCGGCAACCCAGCCGAUCUUGCACUCAUCCGCAUGCAGAGCGAUGGCUUGAAGCCUGCUGCCCAGCGUGCCAACUACAAGUCAGUCAUUGAUGCCUUGACUCGUAUCUCUCAGAAGGAGGGUGUCGCCGCUCUCUGGUCAGGUGCCGGACCUACCGUCGUUCGCGCCAUGGCCCUCAACUUCGGACAACUCGCCUUCUUCUCGGAAGCGAAGAGCCAGCUCAAGGACACAUCUUUGUCACCUCGCACACAGACAUUGACUGCCUCAGCCGCCGCUGGAUUCUUUGCAUCGUUCUUCAGUCUCCCCUUCGACUUUGUCAAGACCAGACUCCAGAAGCAGACCAAGGGACCUAACGGAGAAGUGCAGUACAAGGGCAUGUUUGACUGCUUCAAGAAGGUUGCAGCCGAGGAGGGACCCUUGAGAUUCUAUAGAGGCUUCUCGACGUACUACGUACGCAUUGCGCCCCACGCUAUGGUGACACUCAUCGUGGCCGACUACCUUGGCUUCCUCACCAAGUAA